UUGGUGAGAGCAGCGAUUAUUCAAUGAGAUCGUUACUUAUUACAAAUUUUAAUCUGUUCUUCCGUUUCUGUCUGAAUAAAAGCAAUAAUCAGAUAAAAUAGAUUAGAAGAUUAAAACGGGGAGAAGUAAAACACAAUGUGCGGCAUCGUGUAUUGGGUUACGACAUCUCGACCCCUAUAUAAUUGAAAACUAAAACAUAGUCAUCAAUUUCUAUUUGCAGUAUUUAACCCAGCACCGUGAAACUGUUGUUCAGUUUUAAUAAGCCGAAUGCUAAUAUUCGAGCUAAAAACAAGGCCAGAUGUUCUUAAGUUUUAAUGACACUUGUAUCAGAUACAGGAAGACAGUAGUUGAAAAGAGAAAUAUAAAAACGAACAAAAAAGGCAACGUCUCAUUUGGACUCGAACUGAGCUUGAGCAAAAACACAAAGAAGGAGAAGAUUACAAAAAGGGCGCAGGAAAGUCAACCAAACCAUGAUGAAUCUAUCUGUUCUCGAGAAAGAAAUGAAUGCGAUUUCUUGGAAUAAUACUAAAGGCGGUGGGACUAUGCAACGUCCAACAUGGUACUGGGUACUAAGAGUGAUUAUGACGCUUUUAACUGUUCUUGGAAAUGGUUUAGUUAUGUACAUCAUUGCUUCUAGGAAAAGACUCCGACAGCGAAGAUCCCCGAACUGGUAUAUUCUGUCGUUGGCAGUUGCGGAUUUCUGCGUUGGUGUUUACAACGGACCAAGUCUCUUCUUAUACGUUUGGUUACCAGUGACGUACAGUCCCGAGACAUGGGCAAUACUGGAGUUUUUCAUGAACGUUUUUUUAAUUGCCUCAGUGGCAAACCUUUUUGCAUUAACUCUCGACAGAUAUCUGGCUAUUGUCCAUCCUUUCACCCACCAUAAUCUAGUAAACUCUAACGGUUGUCUCGCCAUGAUAGUAAUAGCCUGGAUGGUCGCACUUCUUCAACGAAUUCCGUUUCUCGUUCUGAAACUUAAUAACGCUGAAAGCUCUACAUUCUUACGAUACCAGAUCUUCUAUAUCCCAACCUUCGUAAUCUUACCAAAUAUCUUCAUGAUUUACGCAUACGUACGAAUAGCAUUUGUCGCUAGAAGGCACUUAAAACAUAUGCGUGCAACCGACGUGCAGGAGUCAAGCAACUCUACCACUAACCCUAGCAACACUCGGCAGAGACGCCUCGAAACUCGUCAUAGAAAUGCUUCCACAGCGGCUGUUGGCGUCGUCAUAGCAAUUUUCCUCGUUUGCAGUUCGUUUUUGCAGUACUGGUUGAUCUGUAACUACUUCGAUGUGCCUACGUGUAAUGAGAACGAAUCGAACAUACGCUUCUACGCUAUGGUACUCAUGCGGUACUUCAACUCGGCACCGAAUUUCUUUGUUUAUGCGCUCAUGAAAAACGACUUCAGAAACGAAGUCCGGUCAUUGUUUUCUUGUCUUUAGGCAAUUGUAUGAAUAGUUUUGCAGGGUUUCAACAACUGAAAAGAUAACGUAGAUGUUACAUGCCCCAAAAACAUUGUUCUUCUUGAAUCUGGCUUUUCGAAAAAAUAAUAAUAAUAUAGUGAGCGUUUGUUAAAUGAAAAACAAAUAAAUGUGAUGAUCUUGGAAGACAUUACAAGGGAAAUUCUCCAAAUUAUAUAUGUAUAGGCUAUGUUAUAUACCUAAACAUCUCUUAUUAGAUCUUGUAUUGGUCAAAUCAUCUCCGCACUUUUAACUAAAACUUGUGUAAAUAACAUGUAGAAAUAUGUCAAUGAAAGUUGUUAUUUAAAGAAGAUGUACACAGGUUUUGUACAUGGUUUGUUUUAAACCUCCUUAGGUUUGAAACCUCGAACUCAACUUUGUCGUUAUCAAGCUGAGCCUAUGUAUUUGAACACUGAACGAAAAGACACACCCUAACAAUUCAUGUGUCAAUUCAUAUGUCUGAAAAAAUAAUAAGUUUAGCCUAACAAUUCAUGUGUCAAUUUAUAUGUCUGAAAAAAUAAUAAUUUUAGCGUUUUCAGUAUGUUCGACGUUUGAACUUCGCCUAAGCUUUUAUUGGUCCCAAUUUUCGCACACUAAUUUGAACUAUAUUCAUAAUCACUUUUUCUAAUUAAAUAUAAAAACUGCGUUGAAUUUAUUAUUGGAGAACAACGGAAAUUGUCCAUUGGCAACGUCAAAAAACGCGAUUAUAAAGAGCAAAGUAGUACAUGUCAGAUGUUAGAUGUGAUCUUUAUUACCUUUAAGCGGAUUUCUUCAGAAAGAGCAGAAAAUGAAAAUAAUAAUUUUAAAAAGCUUGUUUAUAAUGCUUGUUUAUAAUAAAAUGCCUGAAGAACUAUAACUAAGAAAUUGGGAUUGGGAUUUUAUCUCAGAUAUAUUAUUUCCCAUAGUCGCUGAAACUAAUUCUAAUUCGGCGAAACAAAAAAUAAUUAUAACAAAAAUAUUAUCAGGGGAAAAUUUGUUUAGUUUUCUUACGCGCAAGUUAAUUGGUGGUUAUUAAAAUUAAGGUUAAGCGUAGACGGCAUGAAAAAAAAAUUAAGAAAACCAAGGGAGCUCGACCCAGUCUUCCCUCCAUCACACCAUCCAUCUUUGAAAACGCACUGCGCGAAGAAAUGGAUUCAGAUUCCAUAUCCAGUACACCAAAUCAAUAACACAA